GCCAGUUGACCUGGAUGUUCCCCAGGGCUAUGGUCCUUAGCCUUCAAGCCCAAUAACUCAGUCCUUCGAGGUGUUUGGUUAUGUCUAAGAAGUUUUCAUAACUGUGCCCCAUGUGCUCUGUUAUGUAUAUGAAUGUACGUGCAGCACAUAUAAACGUGUAUAUAGAAACUUCCACAACCAUAGAGGUAUAAACAUUUUUAUUGUAAUUUUUGCAGUCCUGACGGGCUUUGGGAGGAAUUGGUUCAUCUAAAAUUCCAGUGUGACUUUCAUGAGUAUGUAUUAUUUAUCUAAAAAAUCACUUCCAGAAAAAUUCUGGCUUGAUCAAAAGGAAAAUGAUAAAAAAUAUGUAAAAAGUCUGCAGAAAACAGGAAAAAUCAUGGUACACUCUCCUACAAAACCAGCCAGUUACUCAGUAAAGUGGACCAUAGAAGAAAAAGAGCUGUUUGAACAAGGGCUGGCUAAAUUUGGUCGAAGGUGGACCAAAAUCGCAAAGCUAAUAGGAAGUCGCACUGUUUUACAAGUGAAGAGUUAUGCCAGACAGUACUUUAAAAAUAAGGUAAAAUUAGGUGGUCUGGAGAAAGAAACACCAAAUCAGAAGAGCAACAGUGACCUUCAGAUUAAAAAUGAAGAUGAAGGGACAAAGGCAUGGUCACCAUCACUGUCAGGUUUAAGGGGACUUGCAGAUCCAAACCUGAAUGCUGUGAAAAUUGAAAAGUUAUCUGAUGAUGAAGAAGUGGACAUCACAGAUGAGGCUGAUGAGUUGACUACUCACGCACCUGAAAAGAAUCCUAGCAGUGGUCGCUUGGUAGACAUUCCAGAUAGUAUAACUCAUGAAACCAAUCAAGGAGAAUUCAUUGCUUCACACACAGAGAAAGAGUCCUUUUCUAAAUCUUCCAAGGAAGGUCUUCGGAAUGUAAAGCAAGGCGAGGCAGAAAUACUUUCAAGCUCGGUAAUUACGUUAUGGACUGAAAAACAGAGCACCAGUGACAAAAAAUCAGUUGACUUAAAUAAUCAGAAAUGUAAUGAACUGAUUAAAAACUGUGACAAGCAUUGUGAAAAUGGAAUAAGAGAUGGUGCUAGGCAGUUGCCUUUUCCAGAGCCUUGUGAAGUUCAGAAAGAUCUGAUUGAUAAGGAAAUGCUUUUUCAUUCUUCCUGUCAAAUCAAAGAGGAGAACCGUGAGGAAGAAGAGCUUAAGCCACCAGAAGAAGAAGUAGAAAUAGAUAGAAAUAUCAUUCAGGAAGAAGAAAAGCAAGCAAUUCCUGAGUUUUUUGAGGGACGCCAAGCUAAAACACCAGAACGCUAUUUGAAAAUUAGGAAUUACAUUUUGGAUCAGUGGGAGAUAUGCAAACCGAAAUACUUAAAUAAGACCUCAGUACGUCCUGGCCUGAAGAACUGUGGGGAUGUUAAUUGUAUUGGACGGAUUCAUACAUACCUCGAAUUGAUAGGAGCAAUCAAUUUUGGAUGUGAACAAGCUGUAUAUAACAGACCACAGCCAGUUGAUAAAGUGCGAAUCAAAGACAGAAAAGACACGGUAGAAGCCUACCAACUUGCCCAGCGUCUGCAGUCUAUGCGUACAAGGAGACGAAGGGUCCGAGAUCCAUGGGGCAACUGGUGUGAUGCAAAGGACUUAGAAGGACAAACAUUUGAGCAUCUUUCUGCUGAGGAGUUGGCAAGAAGAAGAGAAGAGGAAAAAUGUAAACCUGUUAAAUCUUCAAAAGUGCCAAGGUCAACAAAAAGCUCAUUUGAUCCCUUCCAGCUGAUACCUUGUAAUUUUUUCAGUGAAGAAAAGCAGGAGCCAUUUCAGGUGAGAGUGGCUUCAGAAGCACUUUUAAUAAUGGAUUUGCAUGCUCAUGUUUCUAUGGCAGAAGUGAUUGGUCUGUUAGGCGGAAGAUACUCAGAAGUUGAUAAAGUAGUUGAAGUCUGUGCAGCAGAACCAUGUAACAGUCUCAGCACAGGACUACAAUGUGAGAUGGAUCCUGUGUCACAGACACAGGCCUCAGAAACCUUGGCUGUUAGAGGCUAUAGUGUUAUUGGAUGGUAUCAUUCUCAUCCUGCCUUCGAUCCUAAUCCUUCGUUACGAGAUAUUGACACCCAAGCCAAAUACCAGAGCUACUUCUCCAGAGGAGGUGCAAAGUUCAUUGGAAUGAUUGUUAGUCCCUAUAAUCGAAACAAUCCUUUACCUUAUUCCCAGAUCACCUGCCUGGUAAUAAGUGAUGAAAUUAGUCCAGAUGGCUCCUAUCGUUUACCAUACAAAUUUGAAGUACAACAGAUGUUAGAAGAACCUCGGUGGGGAUUAGUAUUUGAAAAGACAAGAUGGAUAAUAGAAAAAUACAGGCUCUCCCAUAGCAGUGUCCCCAUGGAUAAAAUCUUUCACCGGGAUUCCGACCUGACUUGUUUGCAGAAACUUUUGGAGUGUCUGAGGAAAACUCUGAGUAAAGUGACCAAUUGCUUCAUUGCUGAAGAAUUCUUGACUCAAAUAGAAAAUUUGUUCCUUUCCAAUUAUAAAAGCAAGCAUGAGAAUGGAGAAGCUGAAGAGAACUGUACUAUGGGUCCAAAGGAAUUGUUAAUGUAAUUAUUUUAAAGUAAGAUACUUUAGUGUUGACAUGAUACAUCCUACUUUCAAACUUAUAACCUUGAAAUUGCUAUAAUUUAGUUAACAAUGGCAUAACUGGUAUUAUUUUUUCUGUAGUUCACAAAAUCCAAACUUAACCACGUAAGUCAUGUGAAAAGAAAGAGAUAUGGACUUGUUUUCAUACAGUGAUUAGCAGAGUGUUGUAUAAACCAGGGCAUGCCACAGUAUUCCAGUCUUAAGAUACAUACAGUAGCAUGUAAGAUACAGUAGCAUACUGUAAGCAGUGCAGUAGACUGAAAACUUACAGUGGUGGUCCGCUUUACUGUUAUAUUUAUAUUGAUAAGUGGAAUGCGUCUGCAAUUUUAUUUCUUCCUUGAAUCAGCCUUUUAUUAUAUUCCACUUUUGGUAUCUCAUAUCUCAUUUAGAAGCACUUCCAUUCUUUUCCAUGUUUUUUGGUGAGGUUGUUUAUGGUUGCAGAUGGGGUGUGGUUGGGUGGUCAGAGAAAUAAUUUGGACUGAAAAUAGUUGAGAACUGCUGAUUUAAUAAAUCUAGCAGCACACUCUGGGGAGGUGAGAGAGGCAUGAGGAGAAAAUCUUAAAAGAACAGAUAGAGGAAAGGCCCAAAGGAGAGAAUCAGAUACCAGUGUUUUAGUCAUAGAUAUUUACUUCCAUUUUGUUUUGUAACAAUACUGUCUGCCAAAACCCGUUUCCGUCGAAUCGAUUCAGACUCAUAGUGACCCUGUGGGACAGGGUAGAACUGCCCCAUAGGGUUUCCAAGGAGCAGCUGGUGGAUUUGAACUGCUGACCUUUUGGUUAGCAGCCAUAGCUCACCGUGGCUCUUAACCACUGCACCACCAGGGCUUCACAGGAUAUGCCAUUUUCUCAGCUGUCUGAAACAUUUUUUUAUGGAUUUCAUUUACAUAAAUUAAUUACACCUUCAAGUGUAUGUCUACUUAUACUAGUGUGUGUGGAACCACUUUUUAAGUGGAUUACAGGAAAUCAUAACUAUUUUUUCUUCCCUACUACCUACUAUCAGGAGAAAGAGGUAAAUUACAGUAAAGCUUGAAUAAAUCAGAGAUUUAAUUCUAAAAACAAAAAAGCCUUCCAAGACAUACUACAUAUUCAACCCAAUUUCCCAUACUUUCUAAAUCUAGAACAGAGGUCAGCAAACAUUUUAUGUGAAAGGCCAGGCUUUGCAGACCACAUGCAGUUUCUUUCAGAUAGUCUUUUUUGUAUUUUUAAACCCUUUUACAACUCUUUAAAAAGGUAACAACCAUCCUUAGCUCAUGGUUCUCACAAAAGACAGGCUACCUGGUCCUUUAUUUUCCCAAUGUCUGAUCUAGAGAAUUGCGAACAUUUAGAAUUUAUAUUAAGAUUCAUGGCCCUGAGACACUGCAAGGUCUUGCAUUAUCUUCAAACAACAGAACUCAGAAUUAUGAUUUACCUUUGAGUACAUUUUUUUAAAAUAAUAUUUUAUUGUGUUUUCCAUGAAAGUUUACACAACAGUUUAGGUUCCAUUCAACAAUUUCUAUACAAGUUGUUCAGUGACAUUGGUUACAUUCUUCACGUUGCGUAAACAUUCUCAUUAUUUCCAUUCUGGUUGUUCUGUUUCCAUUAACCUGGUUUUCCUGCCUCCUUACAUUCUCAUCUUUGUUUUAAAGUAAUUGUUGACCGUUUGGUCUCACAUAGGUGAUUUUUUACCUCUAAGUACAUUUUUAAUAAAAGUAAGCAGUAAUGCUGCCUGAUUUAUUGAAAUCUUAUAGAUUUUAGUUUAUUUCUAUUAACCAGAGAAAUGAUUUAUACCUUUUUUCUAAUCAUUCCUAUUACCAACAGUUUUAUUAUACCCAAAAUGAGUAUGAUUCUGUGUUUUUGCUCUUUGGGUUACAGUCAGUAUCCAAGUAAGGAUAUGGCCAUAUAGGAAGGGGCAGUGAGCCAAUUUUAGGUAACUUGAGUCAGUGUUGUCUCAGUCUCAUGAUCUUGGGAAGUAGAGUUUACCGUCUCUAGGCCUGCAUUCUUCUUGUGCAAGUAAGGUCUAAAUUAACUUCCCAAUAUCCUUCCAGGUCUAAGAUUUUAUGGCUCAUCCUUAUUUUUGGCCUAUUCACCUGUAACUUUAUACUUUGAGACAUUCUAGUUCCCAGAUUAACACAGGUUUUUAAAAAAAAUUGUUAGUAUUUUCCUUUUCUCUGUGUACAUUUAGGAUAAACAGUGAAACAUAGUUUAUAAAGCAGUUACUUUUGGGAAUGAGAGGUGUAAAGGCUCUAGACUAAUAAUCAGAAAACCUGAGUAUCUUUACAUCAGAGGAACAGAUACUAGAAAGUAGUAUUACGUUUCUUGACUGACAUCUCCCUGUUGUAUUGAUCAAUUUCAAUAAUAGAAAGUAAUAGAAAUUGUUAGAAGUUCUUUUCUCAGAUCUGAGUCUCUCUGUAUACCAGUGGUUAACCGUAUGUAUAACCAACCAUCUAAUCAGCCUAUAAGGAACUUGAAUAUGACAAUCUUCAGAGUUUAAGACCUUAAUAGCACAAUUUUAAAAAUAAUAUUUACUGAGUACUUUUUUUCUGAAUUUAAAAGUAUAUUUUUAAAAUACAGAAAACUGUAAAUAAAAAAUGUCUCAAUCCUACUGUCCAGUAAACCACAGUUAACAUUUUACUGUCAGUCCUUACACCCUUUUUUUCUGACAGUGCAAUUUCAGAAUAAUAAAAUUUUAUUUAUUGUCUCCUGUCCUUCUCCCCCAUUCAUUUUUCCUGCUUCCUUUUUUCUCUUGUCAUAUGUUAAAAUGAAUUUGUAAUUGCAGGUGCCCACGCUCCUGUGACUGCCACCCUUGGGCUCUGAGGGUAGUUGAAGUCGGGGCCUUGGAGAUGCACAGGGGAAGGCAAGAACUGAGUGGGAGUGUAACACAGGAAGCCCAGGAGGCAGGGUCACAAAUGAUGUGUGUUUUUCCCAGCUCUAAUGUGUACACCAGGAGCCCUGGCAGCACAGUGGUUAAGUGCUCAGCUGCUGACCUUUGUUCAUACCCACCUACCAGCCACUCUGCGGAGGAGAAGACCUAGCAAUCUGCUCCCGCACAGAUUACAGCCUAGGAAACCCUAUGUGGCACUUCUGCUCUGUCCUGUAGGGUCACUAUGAGUUGGAAUCAACUCGAUGACACAUAACAACAAAAAGUAAUGUGUACAGAAGUUGAGAUAGGACUUUAAAAACAUCCAAGUCUCUUUGUCCUGAUUCUUCCUGUUAUAGAAUGCUGUAAAAUAAUGAGCUUAACAUUUUGUUGUUGUUGUUGUUUGGCUUGGCUAAUGAAAAUUGACACUAGUACUUCCUCAAUAUUAAAUCUAGCUCUCUUUAAAAAUACAAUCGCAAAGUAACAUUUAAAAAAUGAAAAAUCAGUGGAACAAUCAACAAAAUCAGACUGUCCUUCCCCCUUCCAUUAUUUUAGCCUUCAGACCAUUCUUCUCUAAUCCUUCAGGUGAUCUUUAAUUUCUGUUUCCUACAAAUGGUUUGGCCGUAUAUUCAGGGGUUUUUGUGGGCUGUAGACACUUUUUGCAAGGAGCCCUGGUGGCACAGUGGUUAAAAUGCUCUGCUACUAACCAAAAAGUUGGCAGUUCAAACCCACCAGCUGCUCUGCAGGAAAAAGAUGUGGCAGUCUGCUUCCAUAAAGAUCACAGCCUUGGAAACCCUGUGGGGCAGUUCUACUUCCUCCUGUACGGUCCCUGUGAGUUGGAAUCAACUCGACAGCAACAGGUUUGGUUUGAUUGGUUUAGGCACUUGUGCUUCAUGGGCUCCUUCCUCCAUAAAAAAAUACUAAAAAUUACAUUUUAUAACUGUUAACAUAUUGAUGUUAUAUAUUAAAGUGUUUCUUUUUUUUCAGUCUAAAAGUAUCUUUUUCUUCUGAUUUUUAAAGAAAACAUUUUUGUGGGCCAUAAAAUAUUAUGGGCCUGUGGCACUGUGCCUACUAUGUCUAAUGAAUAAGUUGGCCCUGCCUGUAUUCUGAAGGUUAUCAUUGAAAAAACAGUAGUCACUACCCUCUCCCCACCCCCACCACAGCAAACUCUAGGGCAGCUUUGCCACCCCAGCCAAGAGCACUGUGAUCCCCACUACUGUAAAUCUAUAGACCUGAACGUCAUUCCUUCCCUACCUAACAAAAACUCAGGAGUGCUGCUUGGGACCAUUCAUCCUCAAAAGAAUAGGAGACGGGGAGUUUUUAUCUUCAAGUAGACAUUUUUGUUCCCCUUCUUAAUCUUUAGUUUUGCUGGCCAUACUUCAAAGGGGAACAUCUUACUGCCUUUCUUUUUUUGCCUGCAUUUUCCUCAAAUUUUUCCCUUCAUCCCCACUUUUUCUAUUUCUUACCUCAGCAUACAGGUACCAGCUCACUCAUUCUGUCGUCUGUUGAAAGGUAGACCUCUAAAAUAGAGAUGAACAGACCCAUUCAUAUUUCCCUAAAACUGUUACAUCCUGCCCUCACCUUCUCUCCAUAACUGUGGCGUGGGGUGAGGUCUGAGACAUGCAAAUUCAGCAGCAUCAUAGCCCCUGCUGCUCUCUGGGCAGCACAGGGUAGCGCGUGGCCUCAACAUGCCAACCUGAGCAGGCCUCCUGCCUUUAGUUUGCUUUCUUCCUGUUCAUCUUACUGUUGUCCUGACAAAGUAAGCUGGAGAAACUGAGUCAGAAUGCUCUAGAUGGAUGCUCUGUCCUGUGCCUACAGAGGAGCCAUAUGACAACUGACAGCCUGUCAUGUAGCCACUCCUGCCUUCAUCCUCAAGUCUUCAAAGGCGUCCUGUUGUGUUUUCUCACUAGUAACGCAGUCAGGGUACCCUGAUUUUAUUUUUUUCACCUGUACCUUCAUCUGCCAAUAGUUAGAGACUAAAUUUAGAGUCACGCAUUAUGGCAUUUAGGAGCACUUACUUCACGCAAGCACAAAGAAAAGCACACACAUUUUAAUAAGCUUCUGUUCCAUCAGGGCUAAUACAGAAUUUAACAAAGAAAUUAAAAUUAAUGCCAUAUUUUGCAGUAUUUCCAGAAAGCCACUGUGAAAAAAUAAUGUAAUAUACUUUAGCUAAUUUUCUGAAUCUGUCUUUUAAACUACUUAAAUCCUUUCUAGAGCAAGGCAGGAAAUAAAUGCAUUGUCCCUACUAAAUCAGGAGAAAAUAAAAAUAUCCCACAGAAGCUGUGAUUAUGCCAAGGCUCUAUACCAAACUAAAUUUGAGAAAGUAAAAUUUUCUCAUACUGUCUGGGUUUUUAUUUUUUUCCUUUCAUAUUCAUCAGAACAUUAAUUUCAGGGGGGAGAUGCCUGAUUUGCUAUCUUUGAGGUUUCCUAGAGUAGGCUCUUAGGAAUUAAAACAUCUGUUAAAUAUGGUCUCAUAGUUUGUAUUCCUACUUCAUAGGUUACCACAGAACACUUGUUUCAACAUGUGGUUUGUAAAAUAAUAUUCAGAUUCUAGCAUGAUUUAGAUAGAUCAGUCAUAUAUCUUUGAAUUUGUGGAUCUGACAUGUAAAUUACGUGUUUUGUAUAAGUUCACUAGACAUUCUGCAUGAUUAUUGAUAAACCUAUUGCUGUUGUUUUUUCCAAAUGUUAUCAGUGUUUAUGGACUUCUUUCAUUAGUUUGGGUUUUGGAAUAUUCUGUAAUAAAGUGAUUUGAGCUAUUUUGUACAUUUAAAUAUGAUGCCAUGUUAUAUCUAUAUUAAAGAAUAUUGUAAAUAUUAGUGUUUACAGAAUUAUGAAAGAUUUUCCUCAAAAUGAUUGACCCUGACCUCCCAUACUUACUGUAAUUGUGGCAUAUUAUAAAACUAUUGAUUUUAAACUUUCAGAUUUUAUCUUAUAAAAAUUAAGCAGAAGCAUACUGAAGAUUUCAUGUCAAUAAAAUUUUGAAAAGAAAAUGGUGCUUAUUGGGUCUUUUUCUCAAUUAUUAGCAUAUACACAUUGAAUUGCAAAAAAAAACUUGAUUCAGCAAACAUUUGUUAAGCAUCUGUUAUGUUGAGCAUUGUAGGGGACACAAAGAUGAGUAAAUCUUGGUUUCUUCUCCCAACAAGCCUGUUGUCUAACAAGUGGUUAAACAGAUAAAACCCAACGUGAACAGGUAAGACUAAGGUGCAAAGUGGAACUGAUGAGAAAUACCUACAAGAGACUGCAAGGCUAGUGGGUGGUUAGACAAAUGAGAAUACUCUGGAAGGUAAGCAGUGAGGUCAGUUUCAUGGAAGAGGUCGCCUUGAGCAGCCUGGCAGGGUUUGGUUAAAUGUUAUUUGGGGGAAUGUGUUCCAGAGAGAAGUGACCUUGGCAUAGCCAUGGAGGUAAGGAAAGAGAAAUAUUCAGAGAAUGGCAAAAGUCUGGCUAGAGGGUAAGGUAUGUGAAGAUGCUAAUUGUGAAAGUAAUAGACGAAGGCUACAGAAGGUAUAAAGUGAAAGUCCCAACCUAAAAUCAGUAUUGGCUGAUUUAACUGGUCUUUAACCUUCCACUCUUUCUAAAUGUAUACAAAGCCUAUACAUUUAAAAAACAGAAUCAUACUGUACAUCUGCAACUUCUAUACAUCUCUCAUUGAGGACAUCUUUCCAUAUCAGCACAUAAAGAUCUACUCAUCCUUUGCAAUAGGUACACAGCAUUCUGUUGUACAGAUUUGCCAUCAUUUAUGUGAUCAUUUCUCAAUGAACUUUAGGUUCUCAUUUUUCUAUUAAAAUUUUGUUUUUCUUUUUGCACACUUGCGUUAAUAUUUCUGGGAAUAGAUUCUAGCAGUUUAGUUGCUAGAUCAAGAGCUAUGCACCCCUUAAAUUCCUAAUUUUUAUAAGCUAAUUUCCCUGACGGUAGUACAGACCUGGUCAUUAUCUUGUUGACAGAACCAAUUCAAACGCAGGCACCUAAGUGAUG